AUGGCCAUCUUCGAUCCGUUUAAGCUCCGCCACAAACCGCCGUCGAUUUUCCCGACCACGGUCAUUAAACCAGGCAAUGUUCUUUCUCUCGUAGGAAAACUCUUUUUCACCAUAAGUAUCUUCAUCUCCGUUGCUAUGAUUUUCCUCUACAUCAUCUUCUCCGGCUGUUCCGAUUGCCACCGCAUCUCCGGCCAUCGCCGCUUUGGCCCUGAAAACAUUAACUCCACAAGCAACUCCUCCUCCUCUUCGUUGGCCAGCCUCCUGAAGAAUCAGUCCUCGGAAGCUACCGAUGUCUCCCACAUAGUUUUUGGUAUUGGUGGCUCCAUUCAAACGUGGAGAGAUCGUAGCCGCUACACCGAACUCUGGUGGCGUCCCAACGUCACCCGCGGCUUCGUCUGGCUUGACGAGGAACCACCUCUUAAUAUGACGUGGUUACCAACUUCUCCACCGUACCAAGUCUCCGGCGACACCUCCCGGUUCAAUUACACUUGCUGGUUUGGUUCAAGAUCGGCUAUAAGAAUGGCGAGAAUCAUCAAAGAGAGUUUUGAGCUAGGGUUAACGAACGUAAGAUGGUUCGUGAUGGGUGACGACGACACAGUUUUCUUUGUAGACAAUCUAAUAACGGUUCUCAAUAAGUAUGAUCACAAUCAAAUGUAUUACAUUGGAGGAAACUCGGAGAGUGUCGAACAAGACAUUGUUCACUCUUACGCUAUGGCUUACGGUGGUGGAGGAAUAGCAAUUAGCUACCCAUUAGCUGUUGAGCUAGUGAAGAUACUCGAUGGCUGUAUUGAUCGAUACGCAUCGUUGUAUGGAUCUGACCAGAAGAUUGAAGCUUGUAUUAGCGAGAUUGGAGUUCCCCUGACCAAGGAACUAGGGUUCCAUCAGGUUGACGUACGUGGUAACCCGUACGGUUUACUGGCUGCACAUCCGGUGACUCCUCUUGUAUCACUCCACCACCUCGACUAUGUUGACCCAAUUUUUCCCUCGACGACUCAAAUUGAAGCCCUAAGAAGACUCAUAUCGGCCUAUAAAACGGAUCCAAGCCGAAUCCUCCAGCACAGCUUCUGCCAUGACCUGACCCGAAACUGGUCUAUCUCCGCUUCUUGGGGCUACACCAUUCAGAUUUAUCCAUCUCUAGUCACUGCCAAGGAGCUUGAGACACCGUACCUUACGUUCAAGUCAUGGCGAACUUCAAGCUCCGAGCCUUUCUCAUUCGAUACCCGACCCAUCAGCGAAGAUCCGUGCGAGAGACCCAUUGUUUAUUUCCUGGACCGGGUGUAUGAGGUUGGGACGUCGGGUCAGACUCUUACCACGUAUCGGAAGCAUGUUGAAGUGAGCGAUACACAAUGUGAAUCGUCGGAUUAUUCUCACGCCAAUUUGGUCGAGUUCCUCGACGUUUCCGCCACUAAAUGGAUGCCGGAACUCUGGAAAAUGGCACCGCGUAGACAAUGUUGUGAGAUUGCCAACAGUGAAGAAGACUCAGAAAGUGUAAUCAAUGUCAAGAUACGGCAUUGUAAUCCUUUCGAAAGUGUAACUCCUCAGCCGUAG